AUGGUCAAGUUCUACCAGCACACAUCUUCGUUCGAGCACGCAUGGGACAAUGUCACCUACGCUUUCUGGCUCCGGUAUCCAAACCCGUUCGCAUCCCAUGUCGUCGGAUGCGAUGUCAUCGAUCGCCAACUCGACCCCGUCACAGGCGUCCUCCGCACCACCCGUCUGAUCCUCAAGCAAGGCGUCCUCCCUCGAUGGGGCCGGGGGCUUAUCAAGAAUCCAGACGCAUAUAUUGUCGAAGAGUCCGAGGUCAACCCCCAGACACAGACCAUGGUCACUCGCACAAAGAACUUGAACCACGUGAGGGUAAUGCAAGUCGAGGAGACCCAGACAUUUACCGUCCAUCCAGAGAAUCCAAAAUGGACACAAGUGAAGACAGAGGCAAGGAUUAUCAGUGAACUCAAGUGGGGUCUUACAGGAAGAGUCGAGGCAUUUGGUAUCAACAAGUUCAUGGACAACUCAGUCAAGGCCAGGAAAGGCAUGGCCCAUAUCUUGGAACGACUUCGUCAGAACGCUGCCUUGGCCGCUUCAGCACCCGCAGCGGCAGCGGCAGCAGCAACGCCUGAUUGUUGA